AUGUCGAGAAUUGCCGUUCCCAUCACAAAAUUCACCAGGUCCUUGAGCACAUCUCCUGCUGUUGCCAAGCCUAGCCAUAUCCUCAAUGCCACCAGCAACGCCAGCAGGAAAAGAAAGCUGGGUGAGGAGUCCGGCGCUGAGACUCUCGAUGUUCCUCUGAUGCAGGGUUUCCGCACCUCGGCCCCUACCAACGCCUCCAUCGGCCACUCCUUCUCCAACAACGGCAUCGACGCCAUCGUUCUCCCCAACCUCCACGCCACUGCCCCACCUUCUUCUUCUCCUUUCCAGCCCACCUACUUCGACACCAUCCGCGUCCCCCUGCUCCCAGACAACAAGACCCCUCCUCCUCCUACCGUCCAGCGCAUGCCGCUCUUCGAUGAGCUAAAACCCGAGCAGCGCGGCGAGAUUCCCUCCGACGGUGAUGCCGACCUGAUGGCCAGCAAGCCCACCGUCGCCGUCGUCGCCAACCACCCCGGCCAGGUGCUCCCCGCCUCGCUCAGCCAGGAGGUUGUCGAUAUGGACAACUGGACUGGUGCCGAUUGGGUCAGCUUGGGCUUCGUCCGCGACAUUGCCCGUGACGAGGCUCAGGCGCAGGACGAGGCGGCUGGUGGCCAGGGCAUGAUCAAGAGCUUGUGGCAGGGUAUGGUGGAGGAUGUGUUUGGUCCUGCCAAAGGUGGUCCCUCCAAAGCUUAA